AUGGAUCAGGCCAGUCUGAUACCGCAGUCCUUCACGGCCUCCUUGGGCGAGGAAUGGAUCGAUGUGACUUUCGCCAUCGGUGACACCGCGAUCUUGAAGGAGGUGACCGGCAUUGCCCAGCCAGGGAAGCUAACGGCGGUGAUGGGCCCAAGUGGUUCGGGAAAAACCACGCUUCUGAACGUCCUGUCGGGGCGCCAGCGUACGUCUGGCUACACCAGGACCGGCGAUGAGAAGAAAGAGGUAACCUUCUCAGGCGAGAUAUUUGCGCGCCGGGAGAAGCAGCAGACAACUUUCUUCCGCGGCAAGACGGCGUAUGUCUUUCAGGACAAUGCACUGAUGGACACUGACACUGCUCGGGAGUGUCUUGAGUUCUCCGCUUAUCUCCGGCUGUCGCGCAACGUCUCGAAGGCGAAACGAGACCAGCUGGUGGACAAAUUGCUCGAAGACCUCCAUCUCGAGGAUAGCCCGGUGAUCGUCGGCGGGCCUCUGAAGAAGGGAUUGUCUGGCGGUCAGCAGAAGCGCGUUGCGGUGGGUGUGGAGCUGAUUUCGAACCCACAGAUGUUGUUUCUAGACGAACCAUUGAGCGGACUUGACUCCUACAACGCUUUCACGCUGAUGCACACGCUGAACAGCUUGGCAAUGACAGGAGUCCCAGUUGUCAUGACGCUGCACCAGCCAAGCUCAGAGAUCUACGACCUCAUCGACGACGUGAUUUUCCUGUUUAAGGGUGAGGUGGUCUACCAGGGGCCGCGCACGAAUCUUGUGAACCACUUCAAUCAGCUUGGCUUUCAUUGCCCGCAGAACCACAACCCCGCAGACUACGUCAUGUUCCUGAUCCAGAAGGAGAAGGAAGAGGUCGUGUCGGGGAUCAUCAGCAGCUGGAAGACGAGCACUGCGUACAAGAAGCUGAUGGACCGAAUUCUGCAUGCAGGAGACAACUUUAGCUCCGAAGCUCUUCGAGCGAAGAAUCGGGAGAUGAACCUGGAAGAUUCUGACGAAUCUUCGGACGAGGAAAGCAGCACUGACGACGACAAUGUUACGCAGGGAAAGGUGUUUGGUCAGCCGCGAAAACGAAGAAACUGCUGCCAAGCACAAUGGGCUCUGAUCAAGCGCGAUUGCAGGCGGACGUGGAGAGAGAGGAAAGCCAUUCUGUCCGCAAACAUCCAGUGUGUUCUCGUGUCUCUUGUCUACGGAUGGCUUUUCCUUGGAGCCGGGAAGCAGGAAUAUCGAGAUCUAGGUUUUUUUGCUGACGCUGGCGCCCAAAGCGUCAACCACGGCCCCCCCUGCAGCGAAGAAGUUCUCUUGAGCAGCCCCGCCUCGCGUGACCAGUGCGUUCGCAGUUUUCAGGUUCACUGGGGUGCGCUGAGUAUCAUCACCAUCAACGCGAUGAUGGCAAGCAUCACGUGGGCCAUCACUGUGUUUCAGAACGAAAGGUCCUGCUUUCUCCGGGAGGCAUCGGGUGGCUACUACACCCGGUUUGCCUACUUCACCUCGAAGACCAUCUUCGAGUUUCCAGUCGUUGGCUUCACGAACAUUGUCAGCAUUCUCACCGUCAAGUGGCUCAUGGGCUUGCGUGCGAAUCCUGUGAUCCUUAUACUCGAACUGAUGCUCUUGUCCUCUGCCUCCUCUUCAAUGGUCUUUUGCCUUUCAGCCCAGGCCAACACCUCGGAGCAAGCCUACUCCUUGGUGCCCAUUGUGCAGAUCCCGCAGUUUGCCUUCGCAGGCAUUCUGCUGCCCAAUGAGAUGGUGCCUGCCUCUCUCCGGUGGCUGAAGUUUUUGUGUCCCCUCUACUACGGCAUGGUGAUGAUGUCUUCAUCGGAGUUCGCGGAUGUCUUCGACGCCUUCGAAGAGUGUAAAACGACACUGUUGGCGGAGAACCCAAGCCGGACUGAUUUGGUGGAGGCGAUGCGCCACACAUGCCCCGGCGCCACGGUCCAAGUCGGCGCAUUAAACGCACAGGGAGUGUAUGCAGACUACUUCUGGUGGCCGGCUUUUUCCAUGUGCAUCAUCUUCUUCUUCGCUUUCCGGCUGCUUGGGGUUUUCAUCCUUUGGCGGAAGAGCCUCUUCGUCCACUGA